UCAGAGAGUGAGUGCACCCCUCGACAGCAGCUCCUGGAACACUUCCUGCGCCAGCUUCAGAGGAAGGAUGCCCAUGGGUUCUUCACUUUCCCAGUGACAGACGCCAUCGCUCCAGGUUACUCUGUGAUAAUUAAACACCCCAUGGAUUUCAGCACCAUGAACGACAAGAUCACAGACAACGAGUACAAAACCGUCACAGAGUUCAAGGCCGACUUCAAGCUGAUGUGUGAUAAUGCCAUGGUGUAUAACCGUCCAGAGACCGUUUACUACAAGGCUGCCAAGAAACUGCUGCACACUGGCUUCAAGAUGAUGAGCAAAGAGCGGCUGUUAGCACUGAAGCGUAGCAUGUCUUUCAUGCAGGACAUGGAUUUCUCUCAGCAGGCGGCCAUUUUAGGGGAGGAGGACUUGGCGUCUGAGGAGCCCCCUCCGGAGGUCAUCUCCAUGCCCGUGGAGUCGGCGUCGGCCAAGAAAUCCAAGAAACCCAAAGACAUGAAAGAUAUGAAGGAAGUCAUCAGCAGUUACCUGUAUGAGCCAGAGGGAAACGCCUGCAGCCUGACUGACAGCACAGCGGAGGAACACGUUCUGGCCCUGGUGGAGCACGCUGCAGAUGAAGCACACGACCGCAUCAACCGAUACAUGCCCAACUCCAAGAUGGGUUACCUGAGGAAAGAGCCUGAUGGUAAUCUGUUGUACACUGUAGUGAAUCAGCUGAAUCCAGAAGCAAAAGAGGAGGAGACCCACCCUGUGGACCUGAGCUCUCUGUCCAAUAAGCUCCUUCCUGGAUUAACAACACUGGGUUUCAAAGAUGACAGGAGACACAAGGUGACGUUCCUGAGCAGUACCUACAACACCCAGACCCUGCAGAACAACUCCAUCUACCCAGACCUGCUGCCUGAUGAGAUGGACCUGCUCUACUCAGCCUACGGGGAUGAGACUGGGGUGCAGUGUGCUCUCAGUAUUCAGGAGUUUGUUAAAGGUUGUGGGAACGUUACUAAGCGUUUGGUUGACGGGCUGCUGGAUAAGAUGACUGCAGGGGACCACUCUAAGGCUGUCUACCAGAUCAGACAGAAAAGAAACAUGGUUACCGGACGAACCCAAGAGCAACAUUUACGAUAUGCAGGUAAAAUGGCUGAUGGGACAGGUCUGGGAGAGGGCAGCUCAGUGCUGGACUUCAUGUCCAUGAAGAGCUACUCUGACAUGUCUCUGGAGAUGUCCAUGCUCAACUCUUUAGGGAAGUCAGUGAAGAAGGAGCCGGGGCAUGAAGACGGGGUCAGCCAGCAGCACUUUGAGGAGGCAGCCAAGCUGCUGCAGGAGUUCCAGGAGGGCCAGGUGGAGGGAGGCUCCAGACCCUCCUCUAACCUCUCCUCCCUGUCAGGGACCUCCGACAGGGACCAGCACCACCUGGGGAGUCCCUCACACCUGGGUGUUGGUGACCAGUCUGAGAUGGUUCAUGACCCCUAUGAGUUCCUCCAGUCUCCAGAGCCAGGCUCCACAUCCAACAGCUGACCUAUGAGUUCCUCCAGUCCCCAGAGCCAGGCUCCACAUCCAACAGCUGACCUAUGAGUUCCUCCAGUCUCCAGAGCCAGGCUCCACAUCCAACAGCUGACCUAUGAGUUCCUCCAGUCCCCAGAGCCAGGCUCCACAUCCAACAGCUGACCUAUGAGUUCCUCCAGUCUCCAGAGCCAGGCUCCACAUCCAACAGCUGACCUAUGAGUUCCUCCAGUCCCCAGAGCCAGGCUCCACAUCCAACAGCUGACCUAUGAGUUCCUCCAGUGUCCAGAGCCAGGCUCCACAUCCAACAGCUGACCUAUGAGUUCCUCCAGUCUCCAGAGCCAGGCUCCACAUCCAACAGCUGACCUAUGAGUUCCUCCAGUCUCCAGAGCCAGGCUCCACAUCCAACAGCUGACCUAUGAGUUCAUCCAGUCUCCAGAGCCAGGCUCCACAUCCAACAGCUGACCUAUGAGUUCCUCCAGAGCCAGGCUCCACAUCCAACAGCUGACCUAUGAGUUCCUCCAGUCUCCAGAGCCAGGCUCCACAUCCAACAGCUGACCUAUGAGUUCCUCCAGUCUCCAGAGCCAGGCUCCACAUCCAACAGCUGACCUAUGAGUUCCUCCAGUCUCCAGAGCCAGGUUCCACAUCCAACAGCUGACCUAUGAGUUCCUCCAGAGCCAGGCUCCACAUCCAACAGCUGACCUAUGAGUUCCUCCAGUCUCCAGAGCCAGGCUCCACAUCCAACAGCUGACCUAUGAGUUCAUCCAGUCUCCAGAGCCAGGCUCCACAUCCAACAGCUGACCUAUGAGUUCCUCCAGAGCCAGGCUCCACAUCCAACAGCUGACCUAUGAGUUCCUCCAGUCUCCAGAGCCAGGCUCCACAUCCAACAGCUGACCUAUGAGUUCCUCCAGUCUCCAGAGCCAGGCUCCACAUCCAACAGCUGACCUAUGAGUUCCUCCAGUCUCCAGAGCCAGGCUCCACAUCCAACAGCUGACCUAUGAGUUCCUCCAGUCUCCAGAGCCAGGCUCCACAUCCAACAGCUGACCUAUGAGUUCCUCCAGUCUCCAGAGCCAGGUUCCACAUCCAACAGCUGACCUAUGAGUUCCUCCAGAGCCAGGCUCCACAUCCAACAGCUGACCUAUGAGUUCCUCCAGUCUCCAGAGCCAGGCUCCACAUCCAACAGCUGACCUAUGAGUUCCUCCAGUCUCCAGAGCCAGGCUCCACAUCCAACAGCUGACCUAUGAGUUCCUCCAGUCUCCAGAGCCAGGCUCCACAUCCAACAGCUGACCUAUGAGUUCCUCCAGUGUCCAGAGCCAGGCUCCACAUCCAACAGCUGACCUAUGAGUUCCUCCAGAGCCAGGCUCCACAUCCAACAGCUGACCUAUGAGUUCCUCCAGUCUCCAGAGCCAGGCUCCACAUCCAACAGCUGACCUAUGAGUUCCUCCAGUCUCCAGAGCCAGGCUCCACAUCCAACAGCUGACCUAUGAGUUCCUCCAGUCUCCAGAGCCAGGCUCCACAUCCAACAGCUGACCUAUGAGUUCCUCCAGUCUCCAGAGCCAGGCUCCACAUCCAACAGCUGACCUAUGAGUUCCUCCAGUCUCCAGAGCCAGGCUCCACAUCCAACAGCUGACCUAUGAGUUCCUCCAGUCUCCAGAGCCAGGUUCCACAUCCAACAGCUGACCUAUGAGUUCCUCCAGAGCCAGGCUCCACAUCCAACAGCUGACCUAUGAGUUCCUCCAGUCUCCAGAGCCAGGCUCCACAUCCAACAGCUGACCUAUGAGUUCAUCCAGUCUCCAGAGCCAGGCUCCACAUCCAACAGCUGACCUAUGAGUUCCUCCAGAGCCAGGCUCCACAUCCAACAGCUGACCUAUGAGUUCCUCCAGAGCCAGGCUCCACAUCCAACAGCUGACCUAUGAGUUCCUCCAGUCUCCAGAGCCAGGCUCCACAUCCAACAGCUGACCUAUGAGUUCCUCCAGUCUCCAGAGCCAGGCUCCACAUCCAACAGCUGACCUAUGAGUUCCUCCAGUCUCCAGAGCCAGGCUCCACAUCCAACAGCUGACCUAUGAGUUCCUCCAGUCUCCAGAGCCAGGCUCCACAUCCAACAGCUGACCUAUGAGUUCCUCCAGUCUCCAGAGCCAGGCUCCACAUCCAACAGCUGACCUAUGAGUUCCUCCAGUCUCCAGAGCCAGGCUCCACAUCCAACAGCUGACCUAUGAGUUCCUCCAGUGUCCAGAGCCAGGCUCCACAUCCAACAGCUGACCUAUGAGUUCCUCCAGAGCCAGGCUCCACAUCCAACAGCUGACCUGUGAGUUCCUCCAGUCUCCAGAGCCAGGUUCCACAUCCAACAGCUGACCUAUGAGUUCCUCCAGUCUCCAGAGCCAGGCUCCACAUCCAACAGCUAACCCACACACUGGCAAGUUGCCUCUAACUGGGGUCGCUCUGGUCACAAUACCAGCAUCACUAUACUAUGAUACUCAACUUUCCAAGGCAAAAAAGGAAACAAAACUGUUUUAACUCUUUAAAAACAUGCUUUAUCUAAAAUAUUGUUUUCUGUAGCUUGAAAAACAAACAAAUGUGUCUCUGGUGUAUCUAACAUGAAGACUUCUGAGUAUUGCGAUACUGUUAUUGAGAAACUACUAAGGAGAUGGUAGAAGAUGCCUCUAACUACUGGUCUGAGAUCAGACAUUGUUUGAUGGGUAAUCUGAUCCUAGAUCUGUGGCUUAGAGGAAACUUCUACUCAGAGCUGAUCUGACGUCCUGUAUUUAACCACACUGGUUGUUUUGUUGUCUGACUCUGUGCUCUCAACACACCGGGGACAACGAGAGAGAACCUCAGACAUGUUGUGGAAGGUCAUCAUGAUUGUACAGAUUAUUUGUAUGUGUGCUAUACUUAAGAGAAUAAAGUCGACACAGGUUGUGUUUUUACACAGUACUGUGUCAUCAGGUUGUGUUUUUACCCAGUA